AAAAGAUGAAAAGGAAUAUGCAUUGAAGCAAAUUGAAGGCACAGGAAUAUCCAUGUCGGCUUGUAGAGAGAUUGCACUUGUCAAGGAGAAUAAAUUCUUGAAAUAAUGGAAGUACUUCAAAGGGAAAACUAAGAAGAGAAAAGAAUCUGAGUAGGCAGAAGGGAAUCCUAACCAGAAUCAGGAGACUGGAAUAUGGAAAAGCAAGAGCUGAUCUGUCUUAUGACUGAUGAACACCAGGGUUCUGUUCAGAGUUGCUUCUCAUACUUGGAUCCUGAUUCUAAGGGGAAGCCAGCAGGGUUGGCUGUGCUAGAGCAGCAUGGACUCAGAGCUCCUCCCAGAGGAUACAAAAAUGACUCCCAGCUUUUACGGGAAUUGAAGCACCCUAAUGUGAUCGCGUUACAAAAGGUGUUCCUUUCUCACAGUGAUAGAAAAGUUUGGCUGCUAUUUGAUUAUGCAGAACAUGAUUUAUGGCACAUUAUUAAGUUUCACCGGGCCUCAAAAGCAAAUAAAAAACCGAUGCAGUUGCCAAGAUCAAUGGUUAAAUCACUGCUUUACCAGAUUCUUGAUGGAAUCCAUUACCUCCAUGCAAACUGGGUGCUUCACAGAGACUUGAAACCAGCAAAUAUCUUAGUAAUGGGAGAAGGCCCGGAAAGGGGGAGAGUCAAAAUAGCUGACAUGGGUUUUGCCAGAUUAUUCAAUUCUCCCUUAAAACCUUUAGCAGACUUGGAUCCAGUAGUAGUGACAUUUUGGUAUCGAGCUCCAGAACUAUUGCUUGGUGCAAGGCAUUAUACAAAGGCCAUUGAUAUAUGGGCAAUUGGUUGCAUAUUUGCUGAACUAUUGACUUCAGAACCUAUUUUUCACUGUCGUCAGGAAGAUAUCAAAACAAGCAAUCCUUUUCAUCAUGAUCAACUAGAUCGUAUUUUUAGUGUCAUGGGAUUCCCUGCAGAUAAAGAUUGGGAAGAUAUUAGAAAAAUGCCAGAGUAUCCCACACUUCAAAAAGACUUCAGAAGAACAACGUAUGCCAAUAGUAGCCUCAUAAAAUAUAUGGAAAAACACAAAGUGAAGCCUGACAGCAAAGUUUUCCUUUUGCUUCAGAAACUUCUUACUAUGGAUCCUACAAAGAGAAUUACCUCAGAACAAGCUUUGCAGGAUCCCUAUUUCCAAGAGGAUCCCCUGCCUACAUCAGAUGUGUUUGCUGGCUGCCAGAUUCCGUAUCCCAAACGAGAAUUUCUUAAUGAGGAUGAACCUGAAGAAAAAGGAGACAAGAAUCAACAGCAGCAAAAUCAACAUCAGCAACAAACAGCACCUCAGCAGCCACAGCAGGCAGCACCACCACCACCACCGCAACAGCAGCAGCAACAGAACAGCACGCAGACAAAUGGGACAGCUGCAGGAGCCGGAGCAGGAGGAGGGGGUGCUGGGGCAGGGCUCCAGCACAGCCAAGACUCAGGCCUUAAUCCAGUGCCUCCAAAUAAGAAACCACGGCUAGGGCCUUCAGGCACGAACUCAGGCGGGCCUGUCAUGCCUUCUGAGUAUCAGCACUCCAGUUCACGCCUGAGUUACCAAAGCAAUGUUCAGGGAUCGUCUCAGUCCCAGAGUACCAUGGGCUAUUCCACGUCAUCUCAGCAGAGCUCCCAGUACCAUCCAGCUCAUCAGGCUCACCGGUACUAAGGAGCCCUGUAGACUCCCCUCAGCACGGAAUGAAUGAACCAAAAGUCAAAGGCUCCAGCAAUAUGAAGGUCACAGUGAGAAGAACCAGAAAUGCAAACUGUGAUACAGAUUGAAGAUUUUCAAGUAUAUGACAAGAACCUUAUUGACUGAACGUUCUGCAGCGGACUUAUCAACCUUCUUUAUUAGCUUAAAGAAGGUCCUUGUGAAGUUUCCCAGCUCCCUUCCCCCUGCAUGUGUUCCAUUGUGGUUACUCUGAUAAAAUGUCUGAUCUAAACCCAGCACUUAACUUUUCUAACCUUCAGCAUUGUUUUGAAGGAUUCCUGGUGCACCUUUCUCAUGUUGUAGCAAUUGUCAUGAUUUGAUCUUUUCAAAGCUCUUUAAUAGAAUUUUAAUGUUUUAGAUUGGAAUUUCAGCUGUAAAUAGUUUUAUACUAAGCAAAUUGGUUCAGCAACACAGGUUAAAUGCACCUUUUUAAAGCACUACGUUGUUUUCACAGGAUGUUACUGUUUUGCUCAUGGAUGUCACGAACAGAACAUUUUAACUAUUCCAGAGUAUUUACUGAUUGUUUUUAUUAGUCUAGUUUUUAGGGAAGUUAAGGGGGGGGGGGAGAACCCACAACAGAAAAACACAUUCUAGGUCCUUGCAGUUAAUAUGCUUCAUGCUAGUGAACUGAAUACCAAUUAAGGGUUUGUGAUUAAUAUGUUAAUCAUUCAUAUGGAGCACCAUUUUUAAAAUCAUUGUCUUGUUCCUAUAGUUUUCAAUAAUUAAGUUUCAUGAUUUCAGUCUAUUUCUAGGGCAUCCUUUAAUAUAACUAAGACCACCUUAACAGAGGUUUCAGAACUUUGGUGGAAUGUAGUCCUCUGGCCAUUCAUACCAGCCAGCAAGAAAAACAUUUUAACUACCUUAAGAUUUUAUUAGAAAGGAAUGACUGUUGAUUAAAGGAUGCAUUACUUAACCUUUCAAAGGAAAAUUUUUCAUGUAUAUUGUAUAUAAAGUUGGCUUCUCUAAAGAUUUAUCCAUUUCUUCGAUUUUGGCCAGCUUGCAUAAAUAGCUUAAAUAAUCAAAGCUAAUUAAAUAGAGGCUUAUAAGCUAACCUUUUAAAAUACAAAUUUGAUGAUUCCCUUUCGUUUUUGCAUUAGAUAUAAAGUAACUAUUUCAAAAGCAUGUUAAAAUAUUUAGAUUUUUUUCAUGUUUAAGAUAAGUAUUAUAUAUACAUCAUAUUGCUGUUGUUGAUGCAACUUUCUAUUAAGAGGUUUUACAUUGCACUGAAAUAUUUCUUUUGCCCCUAGGAAAAAACUUUAUGAGUGUGCCUAAAACCUAUAGGCAAAUAAGUGUAAGACUAUAAUAGCUAUCAUGAAUAUUCCAGUUACCAUUAUCCUCAAAUCUGACACUAAAGAUCCCAUCAUUGUCUAGUUGUAGGAGCCCCGGCUCUUCAGAAAAGUAAUGAUUUGGGGAAGGCAUUUUUUUAGUCUUUAUAAAGUAAGAUAAAAAUUGGCAACUCUAAUCACAGUAUAAAAGGGAAAGUAUCUGGGUUCUUCAGAAUGCUUUUAACCAUGGAAGUGGCACCAGCCUUAUUUCACAAAUUCUUUUCCAGGAUUAGAAGUAACCUUGAUUACUAUAUACAAUUUUUUACUAUUUGUGAACUUAUCUACCUGGUUUUGAUAAUCUGGGUCCCAACUCAAGUAAAAUAAGACUUUAGAUAGAAUCCAUUAUACAUUUUGCACUAAUGAUGUGUUGUAAUGGCCUGUGGAGGCCUUACUUCUCUCAGCAUAAUGUUUAUAAUUAAUAAUUAAUCAUUUAUAAAAACUAUGAAGAGUAAUUGUAGACCAGGCCACAGGCUGCACUCAAAACAAUUUUCUACUCUCCAUAAUUGUUUUUUUUUCUUUCUUUUUUGUGAGAAAGCAGCUACUAGCCAGUGUCUAGUACAGUGCCUUGCACAUAGUAGGUAUUCAAUAAGUGCUUGUUGAAUUGAAUCAUUAUAGUCAUGCCAGCAUUGUAAGUUUAUCAUAUACAAUGAAUCACAUUAUAAAGCUGUCAGUUAAGUAAUCAUUGAGCACGUACUAUGUGCCUAGUGUUGGACUAGAUACCUUAUAAGAUGCAGAACCCUGGUCCAGGUCCUGGAGGGGCUUACAUUCUAGUUGGGGAAAUAAAACUAAGGUGUCCUUUGUGAUGGAGAGUUCCACACCUUGUUAUGACUGCCUUAUAGGUAGACUUAUAGCAAGGUCCUUUAGGUGUGAACCAAACCCACUAAAGAUGAGUUCUUAUUCCAGUUUCUGAUCCUAUAAGCAAGCAGUGUUCUAUUAGAGAGGUCUGCUGUGUAUCCAGCUUCAAUAGAGAGAAAGCACCAAAUUAAAUGCAAUGAAAGGAAAUUGUAUUUGGAAUGCUAAUGAAGGUCUUUAAAUAAUCCUCUAGUGUCUAUUGUGGCCCAAGCUAAACUAAAUACUUUAGGGAGUUAGAAGGAAAGUACUCCUGUCCUCAAGGAGAGGUUACAUAGCAGGGGAAAUAGAACAAAGAAGGAGCAAAAGAAACAGGAGCCAACAUGGAAUGCUCAAAAUGUACUUGGGACAUUUGCAAACAUUUCACAGUACUAUGUGUGUCAUGAGUUUAGUGGGCUGGUACUGAAUUGUAUCUCUUGGUUCUUAAUUUCUCAGAACGUACUGCGUGCGCGCGCACACACUCUGCAGCCAGAAAUCCUUGUUAGUGACUACUUGUUUUACAGUCUAACCAAGCCUAUUAGCUCUUUUUUAUCUGUCAGCAUUUUCUUUUUUCCCUCUUCUUCUGGUUCUGCCCCACCAACACUCAUUCUCACUUUAUUUUAGAACAAUUUUAGUUUUGCUUAAUUUUCUUUAUUAUUUCACUUCAAAGGGGAGAAUUUGAAAACACUGCAUUUUUACCUUUGAAUUUUCUUAUGCCCAAAUGAACAUAGCUUCAUCUGAAAAUAAGGUAGAUACUUCUCUGUAUGCUCAAGGGUAUAGUGUAUAGAGACACCCAAACCAGGGUACUUAAAGUUAAAACAGUAAAUUAAGUAAAAACAGACUCUUUUUGGGGGGGGGGGCACAUUUGCUGUCAUUCCUAUUGCAAAUCAUCUUAGAACAGCUUUCUCUCUGGUUUUACAGUAAGAUGAAUGUAUAUCUAGAGGGAAGGUGUUCCAGAAUUCUAAGAUACAUAAGAACAAAGGUUAGACUUCCUCCUGUCAGGGCUGAUAUAAUGAGGUUGGAAUUGCCUUUGUAAAAAGAUAAAUAAUGCAGUAACUUGCAAAAACCAAGGACUAGUAAGUAUAUUUUUGUACCUGUGUGAUUUUUGAAAAAUGACUUAGUACUUGGAAUUUUGCAUAGCUUCUCUUUGCCCUCACAAAAGCAUUUCACACUUUGCAGUUAAAAAUAGGAAGUGACAUUUGCUUAUUUAUUUGUUUACGGCCUGGUUCCUUUAGUAAAACAAGAGAUCACUCCCUAUAAUGAUGUGAUUAUGUUAGUUGAAGGGGUUAAAAAAAAAAGAAGACAGGGGAAUCAGAUUAGCCACUGUCUACUUUGAGUAAUUGUAUGUAGCAAAAAAAACAAAAACAAAAAAACAACUAUACAAUGAAGGAAAAAUUGUAUGAAAAUUGCAAAUCCUGCCUGCACUAUAUCUGUGAUACUAUCUUCUUGAUGGUUGAGGGUUCAGAAAUAGCAUUCAGAAAAGAGUCUUGAAGUAUUUAAAUACAUGUGACAUUUUAUAUAAAACAUAGCAGCUUAGGUUCCCUUUAUAAGCUUCAGGAAUGGUCCACAAAUACCAUUAAGCAAAGAUAAUUGUUAGAGGAUUAAAAAAAAACAGCAACAAUGUAUUGUACAUAAGGCCAUACAUACUCUUUUAUGAUAUCACUACAAAGGAGUGAUAUGUAUUACUAUAUGAAAAAAAUCCUUAAUGCACUGUUAUCUCUUAAAUAUUUAGUAAAUUAAUACUAUUUAAUUUUUUUAAAGAUCUGUCUGUGUAGACACUAAAAGUAUUACACAAAAUGUGGACUGAAGAUGUCCUUUUUAAUAGCAAUUUAAAUAACUUUUUAUAUAUGUCAUGUAGUAUAUACUUUCCAAAUUGCUCUAGUUUGUAUUUUCCCAUGUUUCCUAUUUGUGAAAGUGUGCCUGUCUGUUUCCUCUUUCAACAAUUACAUGCACGCAUUCUUCAUUUUCUAAUUAUUACAUGGAGUACUAUAUAUGCUUUUCAUGCUACCACAAAGGUUUGCUGCCCUAGUCAUGUAGUAACCACAGACAGCUGUGCACCUUCUGAUGGGUGUGCAGGAAGAGCCGCUUGCUUACUUUCAAGUUAAGAGUUUACUGCGUUUGAGUUGUCUUGACAUCGUUCUCGAAAUGACUGUUGAAACUAAAAUGAGUUAAUUGCAUUUAUUUUAUAUUCUCAGUUGUAAUAAAAUUUAAUUGACUUUG